UAAUAUGAGACCAUUUCCCCACCACUACUACCUCCCCCUAGCAAAUAAGGCUGUGGCUGCUGCCUGAUUGGUAUAUCAUCUCUCGUUCCCUGAGCAUUGAUUUUUCUUGCUCUCCUUUUAUUUGCUUCAUAAAAAGAGGGACAGGAGCUGGUGCUGGCUACUGAGGAGCUUUAGGGUGCCUUUCUUUUUAGCAUGCACCUACUAUUGUCUUCUUUCAGAUGAGGGAAGUUGGAUUAUAAAACCUUUUGUAAAUGUGUAUGGUGAUAUUUGCUCCGCUUUUUGCAAUCUUUGCAUUUGCAACAUGUGGUGGCUAUUCUGGAGGACUACGGCUCCGCGUGGACUGUAUAAACAAGUCAGACAGCGACCUCAGCAUUGACAUCGCCUUUGCCUAUCCAUUCAGGUUGUACCAGGUGAAUUUCGAUGCUCCCACCUGCGAAGGCAAACGGCGAGAAAAACUUUCCCUCAUAGGAGACUUCUCUUCUUCUGCAGAGUUCUUUGUCACGAUUGCUGUCUUUGCCUUCCUGUACUCCUUGGCAGCCACGGUGGUGUACAUCUUCUUCCAGAACAAAUACCGUGAAAACAACCGGGGCCCUUUGAUUGACUUCAUCGUGACAGUCGUGUUUUCAUUCAUGUGGCUAGUGGGUUCCUCUGCUUGGGCCAAAGGACUCUCUGAUGUGAAGGUUGCGACUGACCCAGAUGAAGUGCUCUUACUGAUGUCAGCCUGCAAGCAGCAGUCCAACAAGUGCAUGCCGGUGCGCAGCCCUGUUAUGUCAAGUCUGAACACUUCAGUUGUCUUUGGCUUCUUGAACUUUAUUCUCUGGGCAGGAAAUAUUUGGUUUGUUUUUAAGGAGACUGGUUGGCAUUCUUCGGGCACAAGGUACCCUCAAGACACCAUGGAGAAGCAAUCCAGCAGCUAUAACCAAGGUGGCUACAACCAAGAUAGCUAUGGGCCAAGUGGUGGGUAUAACCAGCAGGGAGGCAGUUUUGGCCAACAAACCAACUAUGGCCAAGUGGGUGAAUUUGGCCAGCAACAAAGCUUUAGCCAGAGUGGCCCAACUUCGUUUGCUAAUCAGAUUUAGCACUGGCAAAGUUCUGAGAGUCCUUACCUUGAGUAUUAUAUGUAGAACGUCGAUUCACAGUGGCAGCAGAUUUUUGAAACUCUUAGAUAAGCGUGGCAGAGAGUUUAAUGUAAAUCAAAGAUCUAUGUGGCCAAUCAGGGAAGAUGGUUUUGGUUCGUGUCUGUUUAUAUACGAUGCAUUUUCUCCUUGUGAGUAGGUGAUGGAUGACAUAUUCAUCACAGGUGGUGGAUUGGAGUAAAUUAUUGUUGUAUGUACUGUAUAGAUAACUUUACAGUUGUUUUGUAUUGUACGGUAGAGGCAUUUUGUAGUCUUGAGUCUAUAGUCUGUGAUAUGCAUAACACAAUGAAAUCUGCAUUUGAGUUUGUUUUUUUGCAUUACAGUGAAGGGCAAAAUAUGUUUUCAUAUGAUUUCAGAAGAUUUCUCUAUAUAUCACAAUGCAUGCACCGUAACUCCUAGGUUUUCAGCAUUGCCUGUGUAUUACUGGUAGUUCCUCCUAUUUGGUUUUUUAAAAAUUAUUUUAAAAAAUGUUAUUGAAGAUCUUAUUAAACUUCAUUAAUUAGCAGCAUGUCCUAGUGCAUGAAGCAGCAGAAUUUUUACACCAACAGAAUAUUAUGGGCUGUAUACAUGGAAUCUUUCAAUAACAACAUCUCCUAAUUGGUUUGUUCAAUAUGUUUUAGAGAAUGUAUGUAUGCCUGUUUUAUAUACUUUGCAGAACUGGGUCAAACUCUGAGUGCCGCAUAUAAUUAAAAUGAUUUUCCUCAAAAAGGCAUUCAGAAAUAUAUAUGCUGUAAACGGAUGGAUUAUUUUCUGUUUCAUCAAACUCAGUAUUCCUUCUACAAAUCCAUAUUUCUAUUGAUGUUUUGUGACUCUUUGAACGUGAGCUGUGUAAUAUAAGGACCAAGUAACUGUGUUUACAUGUUUACAGAGGUAUUUAUUUAACUAGGGUAAUGGAGGUGCAGAUAUCAGUAAGCGAAACCAUGUGGGGGG